UAGGGCUGUUAAACAUGCUCUCUACAGCAACACACGGCGCUGUUGUUCUUGGUUGAAGGAACAAGCAAAUAAUAAUAAUGUUGGGUCAGGUUGUACGACGAUUCACAACCUCUGCGGUUCGCUCAUCGCAUUACGGCGAGGGACCAGGACAGAACCUGCCAUUCUCAGUGGACAACAAGUGGCGUCUGCUGGCAAUGAUGGUGGUGUUCUUCGGCAGUGGCUUUGCCUUCCCCUUCAUCGUCGUCAGACACCAGCUCCUGAAGAAGUGAAGUGGCAAUGCAUGCCACGUAACCUCCAAGGUCUGCGCCCAGAACAUAUUUAUCCAGCAGAAAUCCAUUCGCUUCGGAGAAUGGAAAUCCCUAAUUGUGUUUGUAAAUAAAGUUCACUCAAAUGUA